AUGUCCAGCAAGGUGGCCAUUGGCAGUGACAUUGGACAGGCCCGCCGGGCGGUAGAGCAACUGCGGAUGGAGGCAGGCAUCAACCGCAUACAGGUGUCCAAGGCAGCCACAGAUUUGCUACAGUUCUGCACAGAGCAGGCCAAAAGCGACCCUUUCCUUGUGGGCAUCCCAGCUGCCACCAACCCUUUCAAGGAAAAGAAGCCCUGUGCUAUCCUAUGA